GCAAGGAUCUCGGGUCUCCAGUACAUGCAGGCGCAGUGCUAUAUCCAUUAUCUCAUUCGAUCCUCACAAAUCCUCAUUAGUCACCAAAUGAAAAAUAAUUCUUGCUCAGAGAGGGGUUACUGAAUAGAUGGAGCAGGUACUGAGUGAAGCACCUAGCGUUGAUCUCGUCAGGACUAAGGGCUCAAUAAAGCAUACUUCUUAGUCGGCGCUUGCUGUUAACUUCUCUGAGAAGGGAACACUUUGUUUGGGACUACUUUACAAGAGCCUACUGAGAGGCACUCCUAAGCCGCACAGUUCACACCAGGAAUAUCCUGCAGCCUCCGACGUGCACCCUUUGCCCUCUCCAAGGACCAGAGAAAUUCGGCUCUUCCAGCGAAAACAGUACCCUGGCCGAAGGCACCGAGGAACUGCUGCCACAGAAGGCCAGGCUUCGAAGAGGGACAGCAGGACUGGGGGGGGGGGGCGCUCCGGAGGGGUCCCAGGAGCCCGGACCAGAGCGGGACCCAGCCCGGCCACUCGGCUCGGACCGCGAGAGCCGAGGCCGGGACGUGCGCGCCUAGGGGCGUGAGGCGUCGGCAUAGGGUGUCGGUGCCAGCGGAGGCGGGGCGAGCACAUCUCCCCGCCGCCCAAUCCCCAGCCCUCGUCGCGGCCUCAUGAAUAAGCAACAAAGCGAAGCGUCCUCCUCCUGGCGUCCCAGACGGCUGAGGGAGCCGCCGCAGCUGCAGGGGCCGCGCCGGGGAUGCCCAGCGCGGGCGCCGCCGCUCUCCUCCGCGCGCUGCUCGGCUGAAGGCGCACAGGGCUCAAUUACUGGAAUUGUCAACUCUGCCAAUUUAUGUGCACAUUUCUCUUCCACUAUGAGCAGACCAAUUGUAUUGCACAUUUGUCUGGCAUUCUGUGGCCUUCUACUUCUCAACGUUGCCACACAGUGCGUGGCCUUCCCCAAAAUGGGAAGAAGGGAGAUAGCACAUGGUCUUGCAGAAACAGGGCAGCCAGAGAGGAUGAACACAGAUGACCCAGAAAAUGACUCUGUUACUUCAAAGUGCACUCCCCAGUUGGUAGUCUCUGAAGACCCAAUGAUAGUGUUAGCGGGGCCAUCAGCAACAUCUUUAAAUAAAGUAUUUCCUAUUAACAAAGAAGCUCAUCCAGUAGGAACUGGGCUUAUGCAGCCUAAUAGUCCUGACAUUUACACUGCUACUGAGACAGUGAUCCCUGUGGAGGAGGAAGUGUUUGGGUCCAGCCAGCCAGAGAGAGUGUCUCCUGAAAGCCGACUCUCCAAGGCCAUGCUAACCAACCCUACUGCUGCAACCGCACCUCUGAAUAUGGAUGAGAAGGAGGAACUCUUCAGUAGUACCCUCAUUCAGCCCAUUGCGGAAGGGACCACAGAAGCAACGCUGGGUUUUCUGAAGCAUGUGGAUCAUCAGUUGUUUGCAACGGAAAGUCAGGAAAGAGUUAGUCUGGGACAUUUCCCUUCCUCUGAUGUGAAUACUAAAGAAAUGCUGACCACCAGUCCAAGGACAGAGAAGUUUGAAGCCGACGCAGAACAUAGGGCAACUUUUUCCCCUGGUGCUGAGCCCGCAGCAGGCAUGGCGCCUGGAAGCUCCAUGCCUGACAGGGAGAAGCCUUUGCAGAUGACAGCUGAUCAUACCCAGACUACCGCCACCAAGCACUGGCUCACAACCUCUGAGUACACCCUGAGUGUUGAGCCAGAAACUGACAGGCUGCUGGGAGCCCCAGGAGUCACAGUGAGUGUCAGCACUGCUGUUCCAGCUGCCUCUGUCAUAAGUGAUGAGUGGGAUGACACUAAAUUAGAGAGUGUAAGCCAGAUAAAGAUCCCAAAGCUUGGAGACAAUAUGGAGACCCAGGUGGGAAUGGAAACGUCUCAGACAGCCCGAGUAACAGAUAACGAUGCUAUGGAAGGUAUGGAAGAGGGUGAACCUUUGACAGAGGUUGCAGAUGUGGCUCUGGGGCUGCCAGAAGGGGAAACCCACAUGGGGACAGCCCUGCUAAUGGCACCCGGGGAGGAGCGAUCGUCUGCCUUCACGGAUCAAAGUUCCUUUACUCCCACAAGUUUGAUGGAAGAUAUGAAAGUCUCUGUUGUAACCCUCUUCCAAGAUACUGCAGACUUCAUGGAAUCCACUAAGGAGAAUGAUGCUAUGUUUUUCAUAGAGACCACUGUCUCCAUCUCGGAAUAUGAAUCUGAGGCGCAUCAACUAUUGGGACAUACAUUGAAAGACAUCCUCACUCAAGAGAUGACAACAGUUGUUCAAGAAACAGAAGCCACUUUAUCACUGGUGACACAAGAGCAGCAGGUUUCUACCCUCGAGGUUACCAGAGAAAAUGGUAAGACUGAGGAAGGAGAAGAGCCCCCCUCCACCACAUCUGGUGUUCCUGCCAUUACUCAGCUGUCGAGGAGAUGGGAGCCUCUGGCCACGACACUUUCCACUGCGGCCACGCCUCUGUCUUUUGAAGUUACUUCUGCUCUGGAAGAUCUAAUGGACACCAUCACAGGGCCAAAUGAGGAAUUGUUCACACCAGUUAUGGGCUCUCCAGUGACUCCGCCUGGAAUAUUGGAGGAAGCACCCAGCAUUUUCCCAGCACUUUCUGAUUCUGAGGCACCCUCUGAGACAAGAACCAUUGUUCCAUCCAUUAGCCGUGUUAAUACAGCUGCCUCAUUUGGCCUGGAACAACUUGAAUCUGAAGAGGGAGAAGAAGAUGAGGAUGAAGAGGAUGAGGAGGAGGAAGAUGAAGAAGAGGAAGAUGAGGAGGAAGAUGAAGAAGAUAAAGAUGCAGAGCCCCUGGAUGAGAGCUUGGAUGGUGAUGCUGAGCUGCUGGGGUUUACUCUCCCUGGCGUCACGUCUCAGGAACCUGGUUUAGAACAAGGAAACCUGGGCCCUUUGGAGGGAGCCACCUACCAGGUGCCAGACGCCAUCGAGUGGGAGCAGCAGAAUCAGGGCCUGGGUUUCCUCCGAGCAGCAUGAAAUCAGGCAGAAACCUCUCUUUACUGGAGGUGUGCAGAACUAGGCACGUGAUAGUGUUCUAGAAAGAAGAUUACUCGUGCUGGGUGGGAGACCUGCCUCACUGGGGACCUGGAAUGAGCAUGAGCUGGCAAUCAGGAGACCUGGCUUCCUGCAGAAGGUUGUCCCCAUGAGUUAUCUUAAGCAAAUACUGGUGCAGCCAUUCUGGAGAACAGUGUGGAGCUUCCUCAAAAAGUUAAAAACAGAACUACCCUACGACCCAGCAGUUGCACUCUUGUGUAUUUACCCAGAGGAUACAAAAACACAUAUUUGAAGUUGUGCAUGCACUCUAACAUUUAUAGCAGCAUUACUAACAAUAGCCAAACUAUGAGUCCAUUGGAGUCAAAUGUCCGUUGACAAGUGAAAAGUUAUUUUAUUCUUUUUUUUUUAAGUUUAGGAAUUUAUUUUGAAAGAAAGAGCACAAGCAGGGGAGGGGCAGAAAGAGAGAGGGAGAGAGAUAAUCCUAAGGGGGUUCUGCACUGUCAGGUGUGGGGCUCAAUCUCACCAACCCUGAGAUCAUGAUCUGAGCCAAAACCAAGAGUUGGAUGCUUAACUGACUGAGCCACCCAGGCGCCCCGAAAAGUUAUUUCACUCUUCAGCAAAAGUUUGAGUUAAGGUGAAUUUGACAGUUCUUUGUAAGUUUAAACUCUGCAUUUCAAUGGCUGCUUCUUGAACUUAGGCUAGUAAGUAUUGGACUUCUUGGUUUAUCAAGAGACAUGCAAAUAUAGUAGAAUUUCCUCAGUGAUUCACUUUAGAGAUUUAAGAAGUAAUAGUUCUGUAAAUUUGUGUGAUCCUCUUAUAGUUUACUAAAUAUUUUAACACAUAUUACCUUGUUUGUCCAAACAGUGAGACAAAUGGGGAGCUAUUAACACCCCCAUUUUACUGCCGGGAAAGAAGGGGCUCAGGGUAGUUCAUAACUUGUUCCUAGCGCAUAGGUACUUGGCAGAGAAGCUAGGUCUGGGGUUGCCACGUCAUUUUCUCCAUCUCCAAUGUCCUUUCCCUUCCAUCUGCUUAAACAUAAAAUUCCAUUGAACCUGUAAUGAGCAUGUCUUGAUAUGUUUUCUAAGCACAAGUUGAAAAAAAAGUGUUUAAAGAUAAAUUAUAGCUUUUAAUGUUUUUCUGAAGACCUCCAUAAA